CACAAUGGGGUUCAUUGCUGAGGUGGGAGGGGGCUCCUAAGGAGGGUGCAGCAUGGGGGCUAGCCUGCCAGGCAGCCCCAAGGUUCCUUUCAAGCAUGAGCCUGACCACCUGGGCCCCUCCAUCGGCAACGCACUCCUAACUCUGUCUGCUCAGCGGGGGCGUCAGGUCCUGGAGACCUUCUGGGAGCUGGUGCAGCACCCAUCAUGCAAGCUGGCACUGGCGGCUGGCCUCCUGCUGGGGGGCGGGAGCCUCAUGCUGUGGAUUCAGAAGAAGAGGAGGGGCCAGACGGCUGCUGAGUCACCCGCAGAUUCAUCAGAAUCCCACCCAACAAAGAAAGAAGGCUGGAUCAAGUCUCACUUCAGCCGCCUCUCCGAGGAGAAGCUAGCCAGCGGCAGUCAUGCCGCCACCUCCACACCCGAGCUGGAGGGUGGCAGUGGGGAGGCCAGUACCCGGAUCCGUAUGGAGACCUUCACCUCCAGGCACGGGGAGGCGGGCACCACCCUCCGCCGAGAGUCCUUCACCAGCAGGCAGCGGACAUCGGGGGCUUCGGGGGUCAAAGAGAGCCACAGGGAGUCCUCAGAAUCCUCCUCGGCGGACGAUCCCACUUGGGCUGCUGUAGCUGCCUGCGCCAAGGAGAUUGACUGCAAAGGGCGGCACCUGGCCACCUCCAUGCUCCAAAGAGCCGCUGUCUGCCAGCGCACCGGCCACCUGGAGACCAAAGACAUCAACCGGGAGGAGUUGAAGGCCCUUGAGGAGGUAGAGCUGAAGCUGAAAGGAAAUUUCCUCCUCCAAGAGGAGAACACCAUCGGGGGCAUGAACCACAUUCACACCUUCCAGGGCCACGGUCCCUAUGGCCACCACAGCCACCAGGCUCACCCCAGUCACCAGGGCCACCAGAGUCACAGCAUGCCCAACCGAAGCCAACAGAUGUAUGACCCCUUUGAAGCCACCUGAGCAGCGAGAUGCCUGUCCACCAGAAGGGCUGGCACACAUACCCAGGCCUGCUCUCUCUUCUGGGCCAUGCUUGGUGUGAGGCUGCUGCCCAAAUCCCUUCUUUCCCAGCCCCACAGGGGUCGUGGGCAGAUGGGACUCGGUGCCCAAGGUUGGCCCCAGAGGAUGUUGGAAGAGCUGAAAGGUGGUGAAGGAGCCGAGACGCUCUGAGAGAAGACAAGGCGGCCCCCAGAAGCAUCUGGGAGCCCCACACUGACGUCAAAUGCCUGGAACUGAGCCAAUAAAGCCGUGUGCACCCUC